UAAUCAAAGUCACAUGUCUAUACAUUUGGAAUGUGUGUGCGUCUUUGCUGUGUGUGCGGUGAUUUCUCAGUUUUCAACACGAAUCGGCGAGGAGGUUGUAGAAGUAUAACUAUCCAGGAAAGCAGACGUAACUCAUUAACCCUUCUUAUCUGAUAAACAACUGACCGGGAUGUUUCUGGAGUUGCUGGUGUCCGCAGUUGUCACUGUCGUCGUCGUUCAGGUCCUCCGACUCUUCUUCGCCGACUGUGACCUCACGCUGCAAUGGGCAGAAAUGUUUGGACGGUCCCCGGGUGAGGCAUGCAAGGGGAAGGUCGUGUGGGUGACGGGCGCCUCCAGCGGUAUAGGUGAAGGACUCGCGUACAGGCUCGCAGCGGCCGGAUGUCGUCUGAUCCUGUCAGCUAGGCGGGAAGACGAACUCAACAGGGUCAAGAAGACCUGUCUAGCUCGGUAUGGUGGUGUCCAAAGCGAGGACAUUCUGGUUGUUCCCGUCGACCUGGUCCAAAGAGACACUCACCAGCAGGCGGUGGAUACUGUCAUCCAGCACUUCAAACAGAUUGAUUGCUUGGUGAACAAUGCUGGGCGGUCCCAGCGAGCCCUCUGGAUGAAGACCAGUCUGGAGGUGGAUAAGGAGUGUUUGGAGCUCAACACCCUGGGGCCGCUGUCCCUCACCAAGCUUGUGCUGCCCCAAAUGGUGCAGCGGAAACAGGGGCAGGUGGUUGUCGUUACCAGCAUUGCUGGCAAGUUUGGUGCUCCGGGGAUCGGGUCGUAUUGUGGAUCCAAACACGCUCUGCAUGGUUGGUUCGAGAGUCUACGCAUAGAGGGUUACGACGAUAACAUCAAGGUUACUAUGGUCUGUCCGGGUCCGGUCUUCUCAGAUGCUCUCAAGGUGGCCUUUACUGAGCAGCGUAGCGAGGGUCUUGGUGUGGAGAUGAGAUCUUCAGAAAACAGGAUGGCAACAGACCGAUGUGCCCAUCUUAUCGCUGUCGCCAUGAGUAACAGUCUGGAUGAAGUGUGGGUGUCUCGGAACCCAGAACUAUCCUACUGCUACUUGUUCCAGUAUUUCCCCGCCAUUGCUAGAAAAAUUGCAGUGAGAUUAGGCCAGACGAGGUACCGCAAGGUAAAGGCAGGGAUCAACAGUCUUCAUUGACGAGACCCGCCGGAUAGAACACAUUUCAGCUUGAACAAACUGUAACUUGGGGAUGGUGUUCAAGGAGAAUAUACUCAUAGAAACGAAUAAGGGAACACAUGAGAGUACAAGUGUUCCUUUAUUUAUUUUCAGAAUUUCACCAACAGUGCAAUACAUACUUUGUGUAGAAACCUGGAAAAGAAUAAAAGAACACUUGUACUUUCCAUUAUUCGUUGGUGUAAUUCAGAUCUUCACAGGUCAGCACAUUAUGUCAAUACUUACAAGGCAGUUCUAUGGUACAUUUAUACUUCAUGGAUUAUAUAUUUUUGUAUAAUCAUGAUGAUCAUAUAUAUUUCGAUGGUUGAAAUAUAUUUCAUUUCGUGAUAUCUUCACAUUUUAUUGCUACACGAAUUAAUGUUUUGUCGGGUGUUUUAUGUAAUGUGUAUUUCGCAUGUGAAUAAACUACUUUCGUCUCUU